GUGCAGCGCAGCUCAGUGUCUCUCUUGUUCUCACAAGGCUCCCUAAAACCCUGAAAUGGGUUCCUUAUUCAGAGCGUCAAAAACCCUUAAAAUUCGAAAAUACUUAUCUCCAUUAUCUUCAAUCAACAACCCAUUCGAUGCUUUUGGCUUAUCUCAGAGGUACUGCUCCCAUUCUCGUCAAAACAGCAAAGAAUCUGCUCCGAUAGAUUUGAGUCGAUACCCCAUUGAAAAAAUAAGGAACUUUUCAAUUAUUGCCCAUGUUGAUCAUGGAAAGUCUACUUUAGCUGAUAGGCUUUUGGAGCUUACUGGGACAAUUAAGAGAGGUCAUGGUCAGCCUCAGUAUCUUGACAAGUUGCAGGUAGAGAGGGAAAGGGGAAUAACUGUUAAAGCUCAAACAGCGACUAUGUUCCACAGACACAAGUCCCGUGGAUGCGAUGAGCCUUCCACAUUUUUGCUAAAUCUGAUUGACACACCGGGUCAUGUGGACUUCAGUUAUGAGGUGUCUAGAUCUCUGGCAGCUUGCCAAGGUGCUCUUUUGGUUGUUGAUGCGGCCCAAGGUGUUCAAGCUCAAACUGUUGCAAACUUUUAUCUUGCUUUUGAAUCUAACUUGACUAUAAUACCUGUCAUAAACAAGAUUGACCAGCCAACUGCUGACCCUGAUCGUGUCAAAGCUCAGUUGAAAUCAAUGUUUGAUCUUGAGCCUAGUGAUGCCCUUUUAACGUCUGCUAAGACAGGGCAGGGGCUCGAGCAUGUCCUUCCAGCUGUCAUAGAAAGGAUUCCUCCCCCUCCUGGAAGCAGUGGUUCACCUUUGCGUAUGCUUCUGUUGGAUUCCUACUACGAUGAGUAUAAAGGUGUAAUUUGCCAUGUGGCCAUUGUUGAUGGUGCAUUGCGUAAAGGUGAUAAGAUUUCAUCUGCUGCAACUGGUCAAGCUUAUGAAAUUUUGGAUGUUGGGAUCAUGCAUCCUGAGCUUACUCCCACUGGAGUUCUUCUAAGUGGACAAGUUGGAUAUGUGGUGACUGGCAUGCGUUCCACAAAAGAGGCACGUAUUGGGGAUACACUAUAUCACACUCGGACUACUGUAGAACCCCUUCCUGGUUUCAAACCCGCAAAACAUAUGGUGUUUUCUGGUCUCUACCCUGCAGAUGGAUCUGAUUUUGAGGCACUUAACCAUGCUAUAGAGAGGCUAACUUGCAAUGAUGCCAGCGUCUCUAUUACUAAGGAGAGUAGCACGGCACUUGGACUGGGUUUUAGGUGUGGAUUCUUAGGCUUACUUCACAUGGAUGUUUUUCAUCAAAGACUUGAACAGGAGUAUGGAGCUCAUGUCAUUUCUACUGUUCCAACUGUUCCAUAUAUUUUUGAGUAUUCUGAUGGAAGUAAAGUAGAAGUUCAGAAUCCUGCUGCAUUGCCCUCAAAUCCCAAGAAACGAGUUACAGCUUGCUGGGAACCUACUGUAAUAGCAACUAUUAUUAUUCCUAGUGAGUAUGUGGGGCCUGUUAUCACCCUCUGCUCGGAGCGGAGAGGCCAGCAGCUGGAGUACUCAUUUAUAGACAGUCAACGGGCUUUUAUGAAGUAUCGGUUACCUCUGAGGGAAAUUGUGGUCGACUUUUACAAUGAGUUGAAGAGUAUAACAUCUGGAUAUGCCUCCUUUGAUUAUGAGGAUUCAGAAUACCAACAAUCUGAUUUGGUGAAACUUGAUAUCCUCUUAAAUGGACAGCCAGUUGAUGCCAUGGCCACAAUCGUUUACAAUUUGAAGGCACAACGAGUUGGUCGUGAACUGGUGGACAAGCUUAAGAAAUUCAUCGACAGGCAAAUGUUUGAGAUAACCAUUCAAGCUGCAAUUGGAUCAAAGGUUAUUGCAAGGGAGACAAUCUCGGCAAUGAGAAAGAAUGUCCUUGCAAAGUGUUAUGGUGGGGAUAUUACUCGGAAGAGGAAGCUUCUAGAGAAGCAAAAGGAAGGAAAGAAGCGAAUGAAGCGAGUUGGUUCCGUUGACAUACCUCAAGAAGCUUUUCAUCAACUGCUGAAGGUUUCAUAGUGUAGGACUACAUCAGCAAUGAUGGUGGUAUUUCAGCUAUAAAGAUUAAAGAACCAGUUAAGUGCAUGCAUUACUGUGAGAACCUGGUUGCAGAAGCUGUUGGAAAAUCUGAAGCAGUAAAGAUGCAUUUGGCUCUAUUUACCUGUAUGCCUUACAAUAAACUGCCCUAGUUUUUGGAUAGGGAUCAUAAUCAGUUUCAUGAACCUUUUCAUGCUUAAAGAUGUUAUGUUUUAUUUCACAACAAUUUAAGAUUAUAGUUAUUACUACAAU